AUGUCCGCGCAAGGCAAAAAAGCUUUUAACACAUUAGGAGGAAUGUUACCAAAAGGAGGUGGCGGCAGCCCUAGAGGCUUGUUCGCUGGUGUUGGUGCAAUAGCUACGCUCGGUGCUAUUGGUCUUGGAAUUAAUGCGAGUUUAUUUAACGUUGAUGGUGGUCAUCGCGCAAUAAAAUACACUCGCCUGUUUGGAGUCAAAAGGUUUAUUUACCCGGAAGGCACUCACUUCAUGCUUCCAUGGUUUGAGACGCCAAUCAUUUACGAUGUGCGAGCAAAGCCUCGGAACAUUGCAUCUUUGACAGGGACAAAAGAUUUACAGAUGGUUAAUAUUACAUGUCGUGUGCUUUCAAAACCAAAAGUUGACGCUCUUCCAACUAUUUAUCGGACUCUGGGGACUGAUUAUGAUGAGAGAGUGUUGCCGUCAAUUGUGAAUGAAGUCUUAAAGUCAGUUGUUGCCCAGUUUAACGCAUCUCAGUUAAUCACAAUGCGUGAAAAGGUCUCACGACUGGUCCGAGAGAAUUUGACUCGUCGCGCAUUACGAUUUAAUAUUAUUUUAGAUGAUGUAUCUAUAACGCAUGUAGCAUUUUCUCCAGAAUUUACGCAUGCAGUAGAAGCAAAGCAAAUUGCACAACAGGAAGCUCAGCGGGCAUUCUUCGUUGUAGAGCGUGCUAAACAAGAAAAACAAUCAAUUAUAAUUAGGGCUGAGGGUGAAGCUAGAUCAGCAGAAUUAAUCGGUGAAGCUAUUAAGAACCAGCCAGGUUUUAUUGAGCUGAGAAAGAUAGAGACGGCACGCGAUAUUGCAUCAAUAUUGUCACGCUCUCAGAAUCGUGUACUACUUGACUCUGAGACUCUAUUGUUGAACUUGGCUGACAAUAAGUAA